CUUGCAUUCAUUCAAUCUCACCUCAACACCAAGUCUUAGUACUUCAAGCUAUCACCACAUCUCGACUUCAACCAACAGCCACCAUGGCCUCUGGCGCCUUCUUCAAUCCCAGGACACUCCUCCUGGUGACACCACUCGUCUCAUCAACCUGUUCCCUCUGGUUCGCCUGGGACCAAGACUUUUUCCUCAAAAUCUUCACCCGCCCACCCGUAGAGGACAAACAAGCCAACGCAAUCCUCCCCACCUACAUCACCGGCUUCUUCGGCUCCGGGCCGUGGGCAGUCGUGUCACUCAUCGGCACAACCUUCUGGACCUCUCUCGCCGCUGUGUGGCUGGAGCGACCUCUCCUGCGGAGCCGCGGGUCGACGGCAUUUUACGCGGGGACGGCUGCGCUCGCGCUGGGACACCUUGUCUAUGUGCCCGCCGUCGCUUGGAAGCUCAAGAAUCUCAUGGACGACACGUGCGCUGAGGAGAAGACGGAUAAUGUGGGCAUGUUGAGGAGGUGGCUGAGCGUCAACAUGACGAGGAUGCUUACGACGGAUAUUGGAGCUUGGCUUUGCGCUGUUGUUGCCAUUUCGAGGACUUUGGCCGUUUAGAGUCGGGAGUAUGAGGCUAUUGCCAUGUCGGAUGUUUCUGUGUCAUGGCUUGUAUGAUAGAAUCAUUCUAUCUUGUUUUACUAAGAAUGUGAUGUAGCUCUAUUCACAAUGUACAAUACUGCAAUUGUUGAUGUCAA